CCUGCCAUGGCCAGUGAGAGCGAACCCGGCCGUCGCCGCCGCUGCUGCUGCGCGCAGGAUACCCCCGAUGGCCCUAAGGCUGCUGAGCCUCGAAGUGACAGCAGUGGCCUCCGCCGGGGCUCCCUCUGCGAUCGUCACUGUACCAUCAUCAACAACGUGCAGGGUGACCUGGGUGACCUGGGCUGCCACCUCCACCAUCCCUGUGUCCCCCCAGCCAUGUGUUCCCCAGCCUGCUGCCAGCAGCAUUCGGAUGAGGUCUGCGAGAGCUGCCUGAUGAAGACCACCCUGACGGCAGAAAACGCUGUGGAGGCUAACAAGCUCUCCAACAACUACAAGUUUGGCUUCAAGAAAUGGAAGAGCCACGUGACAGCACGGCCCUGGGAGGACCGAUCGGAGAUUGUCAAGGAGUUGUACUCUGACCUCAAUGUUGUCCGAAGUUCUGGAGGGUCCACAGUGACGUGUGGGAAUGUUCUCUACCUGCUGCUCUUUGGCUUUUGGCUUUCAUUACUCUAUGUUGUCCUGGCUGCUGUUAUGUUCAUCACCAUUGUGGGGGCUCCUUAUGGGCAGCUCUGCUGGGACCUGGCUGGUUAUUUUCUCUGGCCCUUUGGCAAAGCGAUUCAGAAAGUGGAGGUCCAAAGAUCCCACCGGGCACUGGGUGCACGUGAGGCUAGCACAGAGGCAAGCGGCGCAGGGGAGACCUUGCCCCUGCUCAGUGGCCCCAUGCCACACCGCUGGCACCCACAGUGCUGGGCAGAUACCAGGCAUUGGCAACGUGCUGGCACUGUGGCAUGGCUCUGCCUGGGCUACCCGCUACUAGUGCUGGCCCAUGGGCUGGUGUGUGUCACCGCAUGGCUCCUCAUCGUCCUCAUCCCUGUGGCCAAGCUGAGUGGCCGCACCAUCACCAGUGUCCUGCUCCAGCCCCCAGAGAAGGUCCUCAUCCGGCGCCUGAAGAUGACAGAGGUGCCACUGGAGGGGGAGGUGAUCCUCUGCUGCUACCAUGCUGUCAACCCCUACUACUACAAAUAUGCCGUGGAUGGCAUCAACGUCUUCGCUGUCAAUCUCUUGCCCCUGGUGCUGGUGACGCUGGUGCUGGGCUACAUGGACAGCCACAACCGCCUGACCAGUUCCUCCAUCAAGUUCACGCUGGCCUUGCUUUCCAUCAUGCCUCUCUCCUACUACAUUGGGAUGGCCAUCGCCAGCAUCUCGGCCCAGAGCAACUUUGCGGUGGGAGCGGUGGUGAAUGCCACGUUUGGCUCCAUCACAGAGCUCACCUUCUACAUCACAGCCCUCAUCAAGGGCUCGAGAGAGGGCAACCGCUGCUAUGCCGAGGUCGUCAAGUCGGCGCUGACAGGGACACUGGUUGGCUGUGUCCUCUUUGUCCCGGGUCUUUGCAUGGUGAUUGGGGGAAUCAGGCACCAGGAGCAACGGUUCAACAGCCGCUCGGCGGGUGUCAGCUCAGCCCUGCUCUUCCUCUCUGUGGGAGGUGUCUUUGCCCCGACACUCUUCUCCAAGGUCUAUGGGAAGCUGGUGUGUGGUGAGUGCCACAACGUCACCCAGAACCCACUGGGCCACUACCUCUGCCACAACUGUCACUUUGAUCUGAUGGAUAACAAUGGCACCCUCUACUACAGUCAUGUCCAACCCUUGGUGUACACAGUGUCCCUGCUGCUCCCUGCUGCCUACCUCAUCGGCCUCUUCUUCACUCUGAAAACUCACUCGCACAUCUACGACAUCCACAUCAGUGACUGUCACAUGCCUGGACACCACCACAGCGCUGUGGUCCACUGGUCUCGUUGGCAGGCCCUGAUCGUCCUCCUGCUCUCCACCCUUUGCAUGUCAGCCUGUGCUGACCUGGCCACAGAGCACAUCAGUCCCAUCCUCACUAACUCCACCAUCUCACAGUACUUCAUUGGUGUCACUGUGCUGGCAAUGGUGCCUGAGCUGCCAGAGAUUGUCAAUGGCAUCCAGUUUGCCCUGCAGAACAACCUGAGCUUGAGCAUUGAGAUUGGGAACUGCAUUGCUGUCCAGGUCUGCAUGCUCCAGAUCCCUAUCCUGGUGCUCUUCACCAUCUUCUAUCCGACCAACUUCACGCUUGUCUUCAGUGACCUCCACGUCUAUGCCAGCAUGUUCAGUGUGGUGCUCAUGAACUACAUCUUCAUGGAUGGCAAAUGUGACUAUUUCCAAGGCACAGUGUUAGUGAUGGUCUACUUCAUUCUCCUGGCUGUGUAUUUCUUCGCCCCAUCACCCAGUGGUUGCUGA